CCGGCGGCGGGAGCUCUCGGGUUCGGGAGGCAAAAGCCAAGAAGGCUUCUCCUCGAAGCUCUCACUCUCCCUCAAGCCGUUCGCAGACCCGCUGCUUCCGGGCACCCGGGCCCUGGAGCUUGAGGCGGCGGAAGGCGGGAGAGCCCGCGGGACGCGAGGAACGCUGGGCGACCGGCGCCAUGAGCCAGCAGCGGCCGGCACGGAGACUGCCCAGCCUCCUGCUGGACCCAGCGGAGGAGCCGGUGCGCCGCCGCUGUCGCGACCCCAUCAACGUGGACAGCCUGCUGCCAUCGAAGAUCAGGAUUAACUUAGAAGAUAACGUACAGUAUGUAUCCAUGAGAAAAGCUCUAAAAGUGAAGAGGCCGCGUUUCGAUGUAUCGCUAGUGUAUUUAACUCGGAGAUUUAUGGAUCUAGUCAGAUCCGCCCCUGGGGGCAUCCUGGACUUAAACAGGGUCGCGAGCAAGCUGGGCGUGCGGAAGCGCAGGGUGUACGACAUCACCAACGUCCUGGACGGCAUCGCCCUGGUUGAGAAGAAAUCCAAGAACCACAUCCGGUGGAUAGGAUCCGAUCUCAACAGCUUCACGGCGGUGCCCGAGCAGAAGAAGCUGCAGCAGGAGCUGUCUGACUUGUCUGCCAUGGAGGACGCUUUGGAUGAGCUGAUUAAGGACUGUGCCCAGCAGCUAUUCGAGUUAACAGAUGACAAAGAGAACGAAAGACUGGCAUACGUCACCUACCAGGACAUCCACAGCAUCCGAGCCUUCCAUGAGCAGAUCGUCAUCGCAGUGAAGGCCCCAGAGGAGACCAGACUGGACGUCCCAGCACCUAGAGAGGACGCCAUCACUGUGCACAUCCGGAGCACCAAGGGGCCCAUCGACGUGUACCUGUGCGAGGUGGAGCAGAGCCGCUCAGCCAAGAGUGCACACCCCGUGCAUCUGCAGAAAGAGGAGCCUCCACAGAGUGAGGAGAUGCUGGAGGUGAGCAGCUGAGCUGAUGGCCGCAGCCAUGGCUCCCGAGCAGCCAGCGGACGGAGUUGAACACUUGCAGUAAUGACCCCAUGGAGUGGACCGGAGAGCUGCCUAUCUUAGCCCAGCAGUCAGAACCAUAGUGGCUUUGAGUGGCUCCCCCUCAGGCUGCUGGAAGAUGGUGGUUUGUACCUCAGGAAACAGCUCUCCAGUGACUCAACUCACCGCUUUCUGUGAGGGCCUGGGGACAGGCAGGGCCUUAUGUCCUCCUGGCACCAAUGCAGGAGGAGUUGCCUUAUGUUGGAUUACCCCAGCAGUUGUGGGUGCUGGCUGGUGUGUGCCUGGACCAGUGCUGUGUCUGUACAUAACUGUAUCAUGUUUAACUUCCUGUGAGUGCGUUCCUGGACAGUGGCUGCAGGCACUGUGUCCUUGGCUCUAAUUUAUUACACUCUUAGGCGAGGUCCCCACAUGUCUGUGUGUGCAAGGACCACAGCUCAGCUUCUGGGAGCUGCUGUGGGAGCUGUCAUUCCUGUGUCCCCCAUGGGUGUGGCCACAGGCCUUCAGGACCAGGACAUCAAUGCCAUCAGUGAUGGUUGACCCUGUCAUGGUGAUAUUGGAGCCUGGUGUAUACUUUCUGCAGGCAGAAGGGGUCAAACGUCUCUGUCUGGCCCUCUUCUGUCAGGCUCUGCGCCCUCAGCUGUCCCCGCCCUCCUUCAGUGCUGGUCCCCACUCCGAGCACCUCUGCUCUACCUCAGCGGUAAGUCAUUUACCACCCGUGCCUCAGUUUACUCAGUAGUUACCAUUAGACUGUGAGCUCCUUGAGGGACUGUUGUCACUGUCACCUAGCGCCUUGCGUCGUGCCUGUCCUGUCAAAGUGAACACUAAAAACCUGGCAGAUGAGAGUGUGGUGACUGUAGUGUGGGCGGUAGAGUCUAGCUCGUCUGUCAAGCAGGAUUCCUGUGAGCAUCAUUGAUUCAUGUUAAAUCUCUUGGUUUCAGAGAAAGGUUUGAUCAUGUAUAAAAAGUUUCAAAAUAAAGAUCUAAAA